AAGAUGAGCUCUGCGGGGGAGGUGGAAUACCCCAAAAAAAUCCUGGAGUACAUGGAAGGCUUCUUGGUGUCCAAGACCCUGUUUGCCGCCUGCGAGCUGGGCGUGUUUGACUUCCUCCUGGCAUCAGAGCGCCCCAUGUCGGCUGCCCAGGUCGCAGCAGGGCUGGGGACCGAUGUGGAUGGGAUGGAGCGCCUGCUGUCGGCCUGUGCCGGUCUGGAGCUGCUGGGGACUCAGGCCGCUGGCGGAGAGGUCCUUUACAGCAACACGGACAUGUCCAGGAUGUACCUGAGCAGAUCCAGUCCGCGGAGCCUGUUCCACUCGGUGGAGUACUACUCCAAGACUGUGUACCUGUGCUGGAAUUACCUCACCGAUGCUGUCAGAGAAGGCAAGAACCAGUAUGAGAAAGCCUUUGGCCUUCCCUCCGAAGACCUUUUUGAAGCUCUUUACAGGUCUGACGAUGAGAUGAUCAAAUUCAUGCAGCUGAUGAACUCAACCUGGAACGUCUGUGGCCGAGAUGUAAUGACUGCCUUUGACCUUUCGCCCUUCAAAACCAUAUAUGACCUUGGUGGGUGCAGCGGUGCCCUGGCGAAGCAGUGUGUACGUGCCUACCCCCAGUCCAGCGUGACCAUUUUUGAUCUCCCCAAAGUGGUGAGCACGUGUCGGGAACACUUCGUAUCACCGACAGAUGAGCGGAUCUUCUUUCACGAAGGGGACUUCUUCAAAGACUUGCUGCCUGAGGCCGACCUCUACAUCCUGGCACGAAUCCUGCACGACUGGACGGAUGAAUGCUGCGUGGAGCUGCUGUCCAGGGUGCACCAGUCCUGCAAACCAGGUGGUGGAGUGCUGCUUGUGGAAGCUCUCCUGAAUGAGGACAACAGCGGGCCCCUGACAGCCCAGCUCUACUCCCUCAACAUGCUGGUGCAGACAGAGGGCAGGGAGAGAAAGGCGUCAGAGUACUCAGCCCUUCUCACCACCGCCGGGUUUGCUAACGUUGAGGUUCAGAGGACCGGAAAGAUCUACGAUGCAAUUCUGGCCAGGAAGUAG